AUGCCGCCCCAGGCCCAAUCGCCCGUCCACCACAAUCCCUAUGCUGCCCCCUACCACCACAUGCAGCAGUAUGGCCUUCCCCACGGCUAUCCCCAGCACAUGCAGCCCAUGCAACAGUGGUACCCUUCUUACCAGCAGCCCCUACCACCGCCGCCGCCGCAAUAUGCCAUGCCCCCGCGCCAGUUUCAGCCGCAGCCCCAUGCAUCGCCUGUAGUCGUUUCUUCACAUCUUCACAUGGUGCCGCCAGUCAACCGGGCCAUGGGGCAAACGCCCCCCAUUGUCCAUUCGCGCACCCCGCCAGUGCCGCGCAUGCCUACGCCUCAAGCCGCGCCCUCAACCCCUUCGGUUCACUCGCAGACGCACAUGUCUUCCUCGACCCCGCAGACCAGCGCCACCGUCGACAGCCCUCCGCCUGUCGUCGAGCCAAAGCCAGUCCCGGCAGCUCCCCUGACCCCGCAGUCGACCACGUUCAAGCCCUUCUAUCCGCCUCUACCCUGGCUCUCUGUUCCUGACGCCGAAUUUCCCCCGCGCGCCUCACGGGGACGGAGACGGCGGAGGGCUCCUGUGUCUACCGAGGAACAGGGUCUCGCCCUGCCCUCCCGAGAGCAGGCUGUCGACCAAGGUGCCACUGAGGAAGCUGAUCAGGACACUGAAGGCCACCUGACUCCGACCGAGGAGCCCGAGGAGUCGCAGGCGUCCACCAUCGCCGGUCCCUCUGAUGCUGAGGUCGACACACCCUCUACCUCGCACCCGCCCUCCGAAGUCGAUCUGGCGCAGCCCACGACUCCGUCCACGACGACACCUUCGACUGCGCAAACAUCGGUCCAGACCUCUGUACCCAAGAAACACGCCCGCAACUCCACCAUACCCGCUGUGCCCCGCGUCCCCAUCAGGAACGCCAAGGCGCCAAGCGCAGCUUCUACCACACAGCAGUCGGUUAAGGCUCCUGCCAUAGCUGAGCAUGAGUCUACGCAAGCUCAAGAAACCACUGCGACUACUUCAGAAGCUGGUGGUAAUGCUGAAGAGACCCCAAAGUCGUCUCCGCCGAAGCCUAUGGCACCAAAGUCAUGGGCAGAGCUACUUCGAGCAAAGAAUGCCCCAGCCCCAGCGCAACCGGCUCCUACUCCUAAUGGCACUGUGGCUGCUCCCAGCGGCCCGGUUGUCCCAAAGAGCAACACGCUUGCCGAUAUCUUGGCCUCUUUCUCUGUCGAUUCGGAGAAAAAGGUCUCCUUUCUUGAGCCCCGCGGUCUUGUCAAUACGGGCAAUUUGUGCUAUAUGAAUUCCAUCCUUCAGGUUCUUCUUUUCUGCGUUCCUUUCUACGACUUUCUGGAUCAGGUCGCUAAGCGCGCUGUGCAUAGCUUCAAGUCCGAGACUCCUUUGGUCGAUGCGAUGAUUAUGUUUUUGCGCGACUUCAAGCUCAUUGACUCAGCUGCAACUGUUGAACAGCUUCGUCUUCGGUUGAAAGGCAAUGAUCUGGAGCAGUAUGGUGAGCCGCUGACUCCGGAGUACGUGUACGAUGUGAUCAAGCGUCUUCCUCGUUUCGACAAUAUGAAGCGUGGCCAGCAAGAGGAUGCGGAAGAAUUUCUAGGAUUUUUGCUUGCUGGGCUGCAUGAUGAGUGUGUUCAUAUCAUCAAAACCGGAAAACAGAGCCAGCCUGCAGACACUAUCACAUCACCCAAGACUGAGCGGUCCGGUUCAGUGGAUGGCGGCUGGGAAGAGGUCGGACACAAACAGAAAACAGCUGUUACUCAAAACUCUGGUGCUAUUGACAUCGAGAGUCCCGUUACCAAGAUCUUUGGCGGCAAACUCCGAUCCGAGUACAAGAGGCCCGGCGAGAAGGCUUCGGUCACGCUGGAGCCAUAUCAGCCGCUUCAACUCGACAUUGGCGAGCAGAACAUAAACAACAUCUCCGAUGCUUUAAAGAACCUUACUCGUCUGGAGACACUGGAUGGUGCCGCACGCGGUGCCAAAGCGUCGACGAAGCAAGUACACAUCGAGACAUUGCCACCAGUCCUGAUUCUUCACCUUAAACGCUUUCACUACGACGAGAAGGGCCCCCAGAAGAUCUGGAAGAAGAUCGGGUACCCAUUGGAGCUGGAGCUUCCCAAGGAAGUCUUCCCUCCACACAAACGAGGAAGCUACCAAGUUCAGGGAGGCUUCCCCCGCUACAGGCUGACAGGCGUUGUGUACCAUCAUGGAAAGAACGCCAGCGGUGGCCAUUACACGGUUGACAUUCGCCGACAGGAAGGAAGGGAGUGGAUCCGUAUGGACGACACCAUGAUCCGGCGUAUCCGCGCCGAAGAGGUUGCCGAGGGUGGUGCUGAGGAGGAUCCCAAGGUUCUAGCAGCUGCCCUCGAACAGCACAAGAACGAUGCUGGGAAGAGCAAGAAUUUCUUCACUCAGCUCGACAUGGAAGAGGAAGAGCCGGAUAAAGGAGGAUGGAACCAGGUCAACGGUUCCGAGAAGCAGAAGGAUGGCGGCAAGAAGUGGAGCGGUGUUGUCAACGGAACGGCAACACCCAAUUCAGCAGGCAAGAGGACGCCGCUUCCCAAGGAGAAUGUACGCGACAACAAGGUGGCGUACAUCCUGUUCUACCAGCGCAUUGAAACCUGA